GGGAGAUCGAUAUGAUGGCUUAUCCGCGACUUUAAUGUGCCGGACUGCGCGGCAGAUAUUCCGAAGGGGGUUAGAAUCCAUGUUCAUGGGAUGGCUAUCAGUGCAGCUGAAGUUGUGAUCCCGGUUCAACUUUGCGUGAUGGCUGAUCAAUGCAGAACCCCGUCGAUCGAUCGCAUUCCGAUCCUAUCGCCAUGCCGAAAGACGUGCGGGGUCGGGUGUACCAUGAGACAGGCCUGGAAUGGGUUGUUGUUAUAUAUACAGAACAGGACCUUUCUCACGGGGCGGAGACGAGAUCAUUGAGCGCUGGAUCUUCCCAAGAUAGGAAUCACCUCCGUUGGUCCCCCUGGCGACUAACACUCACGCAUCAUGGCACCAUCCGCGGUCGAGACGGUGACGGUCCAGGCGCCGACACAGCCGAACAACUACUCGGCAUCAGUUGGCCAGUACAAGGAGCUGUCGGCCCGGAGCGCAUACAAUAAGGAUGCGGAGCUGAAGGGCUUAGGCAAAAAGGGGUUUGAGGCCGCAAAGUACCCCCACUACCUCCCGACCUGGAACCCGGAGCAAAGGUACCCCCCACUCGAGCCCUUUACGCACGUCGAGCACGGCAAGGACGCCGACCCGUCCUUCGCCGAGCUGCUGCCCCCCGGCCAGGCGACGGCGACGCACCUCACGCCCACCAUCGGCACCGAGGUGCGCGGCGUGCAGCUGGGCCGGCUGUCUGACGCCGGCAGGGACCAGCUGGCGCGGUACGUGGCGGAGCGGCGCGUGGUGGCGUUCCGGGACCAGGACCUGGCGGACCUGCCCAUCGCCGACGCGCUCGACCUUGCCGGCUACUUUGGCCGCCACCACGUGCACCCGACGUCGGGCAGCCCCGAGGGCCACCCGGAGGUGCACCUGGUGCACCGCGAGGCGGGCGACGGCGGCGCCGCGCGCUUCUUCGAGCAGCGCACCACCAGCGUCGCCUGGCACUCGGACGUGUCGUACGAGGCCCAGCCUCCCGGCACCACCUUCCUCUACGUGCUCGACCAGCCCGACGUCGGCGGCGACACCCUCUUCGCCGACUGCGCCGAGGCCUACGCCCGCCUGAGCCCGCUGUUCCGCGAGCGCCUGCACGGCCUGACGGCCACGCACUCGGGCGUCGAGCAGGUCAACGCCGCCGCCGCCAGGGGCGGCAUCAAGCGCAGGGAGCCCGUCGUCCACUCGCACCCCAUCGUCCGGACGCAUCCCGUUACAGGAGAAAAAGCGCUCUAUGUCAAUCCGCAAUUCACACGCGACAUCGAUGGCCUCAAGAAGGAGGAGUCGGAUGCGAUUCUGAAAUUUCUGUACGAGCAUAUCGCAUGGGGCGCCGACUUCCACGUCCGCGUCAAGUGGGAAAAGGGCACGGUCGUGGUCUGGGACAACCGCGUGACACAGCACUCGGCCCUCGUAGACUGGAAGAACAGCCAGAGGAGGCAUCUGGCCCGCCUUACGCCGCAGGCGGAGCGGCCGUAUGAGACUCCGUACGAGGCUUGAGGAGAUGGGGGGUAAUGGAGACUGAAUAGGCUGGUACUUGGCACCAACAAGCGCAAUGAACACGUAAUGAAUCUUUUUGAUUCUUGAAAGGCCUGUGUCGCAUAAUAUAUCAUCUCG